GUGUUCGCCUGUCUUCAGAUGGCCUCAUUCCUCAGGCGAUUUUUUGGUCCGAAGAAGCCGCGACUGACAAGGAAAGAUUCGAUUACCGGUCGAAAUAAGACCUUGUUUUUCAUUUUAAUCUCUGGAAUAAGUUUCCCAGUUUUUCCGUCAUUCAAAGGCAGAGAGUGCGUUUGCGUUGAGAAACGAGACCCACAUCUUAGAUUCGCUGUCACAUCGGCCAACGUCAACGUCCCUAGGGGCGUUCCAUACCUUUCCCGACUGGAAGGCAAUCAACUACAACCGGGACAAUCACUAAUUGUUAGAGGAGUGAUAACAGGAACCGAUUCCUUCGUGGUCAACUUGACGUCUGGUCCGAUCGUCGAAGCAGAAGAAGGCGGAGAAAUUCUCGACAAUCGACUAUUGUCCAUUCGAUGCGAUAUCAGUAAAAAUAGGAUUUGUUUCAACGCGUGUGUCGACGGUGAAUGGGGGAAGUAA